UCAUUCCAAAAGCGCAAUCCCAGACCGUAACGUCAAACACCAUACCAUCAACCUGACUGUUGUGUGUGGGAAUCUCUUGAGUUUAGUUGCGAGUUCACCUGCCAACCUUUCGCAUGCCAUAGAAGACUCACGCUUUUGGAGGAGUCGACAACGCUUUACGAAUCACCAACCCGGCCAAUCGUUUGCAGGCUUUAGCCAGGGCACCCAUAAAUAAAUGAAUGGAACCGGCAAAUGUCUACUCUCAGGAAGAUACCCAUUCAUUGAAAAGAUAAAAACAAGAAAAACGCGCAAAAAACUGAUUCUUAACAAUUGAAGAAUAACGAACAAAAAAAAAGAGAAUAUAAAAGCACCUCUCCAUUGUCAUAAAUAUUAAAUUGCCCAGCGAGUGCGAAUCAAGGGAGAGAGAAAAAAAAAUCCCCUACUAUGAAAUAAAAAUCAACUAGACGCUGCUCAUUGCCACUAAGGUUUAAACGUUGAUUACAUAGACGCGAAACGAUACAGACUUCAGACAUUCGCAUUGCGCUUCAUUAAAAUCGCCUUCGCCGCCACUGAGUUUAAAAAAUCUCUCGCAAGUGAUAAAAGACCUCAUUUUGAGAUAGAAUCCAGAAUCGAGCUGGUGUUUUGUGAGUGACGUGAUAGCAAAAAAACCAAAACCCAAAUCGUAUUAUUACACAGUUCAUAUCAAUAAAAAAAAAAGUAAAAAUACACUCAAAUCAUAGAAAGCCACUUUAAUAGGGACGUCAACAUGAAAUUUGCACUAUGUUACAAAAGUUCACCGGCGGGUAAUACUCUAUGGGAUAAAACUUGCUGGUUUAUAGCCGAAUUUAUAGGUACCGCAAUGCUGAUAUUUCUGGGAUGCAUGGGGUGCAUGGAAUCCGAUCUCUUUCCCAGCAAUAAUCUGACGCGUUCCCUUAACUUUGGUUUAGUGGUCAUGAUAGUGAUUCAGUGUUUUGGCUGUUGUUCGGGAGCCCACCUUAAUCCUGCUGUAUCAUUGGCCGCUUUCGUCUACAACCUACUAUCACUUCCCAUGACCUUGGCCUAUAUGGUGGCUCAAAUACUAGGAGCAUAUUGCGGUUAUGGUCUUUUGAAACUCUUCAUGCCGGCCAAUCUCAUCCAAGUUCCAGGCAAUAACAGUGGCCUAUGUGUGACAGGAGUGAACUCAGAAAUCGAUGUUUGGCAGGGUUUGGGCAUUGAGUUUUGCAUAACAAUGGCAUUGGUGUUUGUAUGCUGCGGUGUUUGGGAUCCUCGCAAUAAACAUUCUCAGGACUCGGUAGCGCUACGCUUUGGUUUCGCUGUCGCAUGUCUUUCCAUUACGGCGGGUCCCAUUACUGGUGCCAGCAUGAAUCCCGCACGCUCCCUAGGCCCCGCCAUAUGGAACAACGAUUUUCGCAAUCAUUGGGUCUAUUGGGUGGGUCCCUUAACAGCAGCCCUAGUUGCAUCGACUCUCUACAAAAUUGUAUUUAGGCGUGAAGUUAAGGAGGUACUUGAAAACGGAUCGCUAAAAAUGAACGAAGUUCAGUGUACUUGAACCAAAGCACCAAAAUCCAAAAGAAGAAAAAAAAAAUUGUAAAAUCUUUAACAUUGCAUUGUUGUUAUUAUAAGAAAAUCUCAUUUUUAUAUCUCUCACAGUUUAUUAUGUUCCACAUUGUCAUUGUCUUUAAGAUAUACGACGCUACCAUAAAAAAUUUAGAGUAUUUGCGUAUUUAAAGACGAGCAUAUAGUCUUAAGCGUAAUCUGUUUAUUUAGAAUCUGUUUAUUUAGAAUUUAAGUCAACACUUGUACGAGUAUGUUAUAGCCUUUUUUGUUAAAAUUAGAUUUAAGAGUGAAAUAAAUUCCGUAUUCGAAGGAAAGACGAUACAGGCAUAUGUUUAUUACCCCUACAACACAAUUCUUGUCACAUAACGUUUGUUAUAAAUCUCUAAGAUAAGACCAACCGAGCAGAAAUCAUAUAAAACAUACACACACUAUUGUUACCAUUAUGAAACUACUGUAAAAGCCAGUUGUAAAUUUCCAAGUUCAUUGGGCAACCUUUUGCUUAAAAUAUAGCUAAGUGUAUAUGUUUGAAUAAAUAUUUGUAGAAAUGUUUACAAAUUUGGCAAAAAUAUAGAACAACACUUUAUUCAAUA